AUGGUCGCCGACGUGUUCGAAGUGUCGGCUCUGGCCGUGGAAGCUUCGAUUUACGUUCAUUAUCACUAUACGAAAUUGCUACACUCUGCCGAAGACGUGAUGCCGACGGUGUUCACGCAAAACCACUUGCUAGAUUUUUACUAUCAUCUGCAGGGAAAACGACAGCGCAAGAAACGCGUACCGCUUGACGAAGAGUAUUUCGCCAUGCGCGAACGGGCCGGUUUGCAACGGAUCUACGACGGUAAACUACGAACGUAUCUGAUCCAAUCCAUAGCGGUACAACACGAGACCGCGAUGAAGAAUUGCGUUUGCGUCCACCUGUUCGAUCGCGUAGUGCGUUACCUGUACCUCAAACACGAACGCAAAGCGCCCAAAUGGGUGUGGACGUGUCGGGUUUACGAAGAGCUGUUCUCGCGGGACCGUCUGACGGUCCGCAGUUUGGAAAUCUGCGAAAUGUUUGACGCUUUCGGAUUGCCUGCGGACUACCGAGGUUUCGCGGACGCCGAGAACAAUUGGUGGAGUCUGGUUCCCUUUUCGCACCGGCUGGCCACGUGGUUCGAGCGGAACGGCUCGCGAUCCUUUUCGGUGUUUCCGGUUUUCCGCCCCGGCCCCAAACACUUGCGGUACAACGCUCGGGCUUUACACGAACUAUUGCGUUCGGUAAAACCUUCGGAAUGCACAUCUGACAUCUACGACUUUAUGAACAACACUCCGACGUACUGGUGGCGGUAUUUCAACCUCUCUGGCAGACGCUACGGCCGCUUGGAUCCCCAGACGAACGCGAUAACCGCGCAUCGGGAUCGCACAAAAUUUGGCAUGUCGUUCACCACGAACGGCGCUUACUGCUGCGUGGCCAUGGAACGUUUCGAGCCGAAAAACAACGAUUCUAUCGGACCAAAGAGCAAAAGAUCGAAGCGAAAACAAACGGACGACCGCGAUCCCGUCGAUCUGUCCAAGUUUUCCGGAUUUCUGGGACUGGAUCCCGGCGUGGUCAAUUAUGUGGGCGCAUGUUACCUCGAUAACGUGGAUCGUAAACGUAACUAUACGUUGAAAACUGCCAAGUUUAAACAAUUCGAGUGCAAGGAACGGAUAAUCAAACGCCGACGUGAAAAACUGAUUGGCCGGUAG